AUGGAUCAUCCUUCUUGGUUGUGGAACCCGCUGUUAAUCCUUGAGAUGGGCAGUGGGCCCUUCGAGCACGGGAAUGCCUACUGUGGCAUCACGCAAAAAGGCGACCAGCGCAAAAACGCUGUGAGAAAACAGGGUCUCAAAAGCGGUCGCCAGAAGCUAGACGCCCUCGCCGAGAGACCCUUCACAGUCUGCAAUCUCCAGCUCAAAUUGCGCGACAUUACCGCAGAAUUCCUCUACACGAGAUGGCACCAGCUGCGCCAGGCCGAUCUGGUCGGGCAGCGAUGGUACGAAGCCGCGAUUCGAAAUCAGCCCCAGAUGCGCCGGUCUCAACCCGCGAGUCGCCGCCCUCUAAGGCCAGUCAGAUCAACAAGACACUCCGCCAUCGAUCCUGGAAGGCGGACUGAAAGGCGGAGUCAGUCGCGAUCCUGCGCAAUGGACGGCGUUGAAUUCACUGGCCCAUCCGUCUCGGUGCCUUCACAACUCGGUCCGUCAUCCAGAGACCGACAGGUCACGCCAGCUAUGCUUCGGGAGAACCAGGUGACCUAG